CUUUUAUUUUGGUGGGGCGACGUGACGUCAUAAGUCUGCGUCGCGCUCCUGCGUCUGAGAUUCUGCUGAAGAAAGGGAAACUCCUGCUGAAGCGACUGAGAUCCUCGAGACACUGUUAUAAAGAUGGCGUUUAUUAAAGUCGAGAGCGAAGACAUGAAGAUUGAAGAAGCAUUUAGUGUCAAACAUGAAGAUACUGAGGAACAGACAGAGAUGGUGUUUAUUAAAGAGGAGAGGGAAGAGGUGACGAUUGAAGAACAUUUUAGUGUGAAAUGUGAAGAUACUGAGGAACAGACAGAGAUGGCGUUUAUGAAAGAGGAGAGGGAAGAGGUGACGAUUGAAGAAGAUUUUCAAGUUAAACGUGAAGAUACUGAGGAACUAACAGACCUGAUGCCGCUGAAUGAGGAGAGUCAAGAACUGAAUGUAAUGGAAGAGAAAAAUCAGUAUGAGAAACGUCAUUAUUUCAUGACUGGGGAAAAAUCUUGUACUUACUCGCCGACUCAAAAAACUGAAAGUAGAAACCUUAAAGUCCAGAUGAGAGUUCACACUGGAGAGAAGCCUUACACUUGCAAACUGUGUGGAAAGAGUUUCUCACGAAAACUAAAUCUUAACAUUCACAUGAGAAUUCACACUGGAAAGAAGCCAUUUAAAUGCUCUCAGUGUGGAAAAAGUUUUAAAGAGAAAAGGCACCUUAAUGCCCAUGUGACAAUUCACACUGGAGAGAAACCUUACACCUGCAAACUGUGUGGGAAGAGCUACACAAGAAAAGAAAAUCUUAAAUUCCACAUGAGUGUUCACACUGGAGAGAAGCCUUACACCUGCAAGCUGUGUGGGAAGAGCUACAAAAGAAAAGAAAAUCUUACAUUUCACAGAGAAAAUCACACUGGAGAGAAGCUAUUUAAAUGCUCUCAGUGUGGAAAGAGUUUUAAACAGAAAAAGUACCUAAUUGGCCACAUGACAAUUCACACUGGAGAGAAGCCGUUUGUUUGUGAUCAGUGUGAAAAGAGUUUCAGGUGUAAAGGACACCUUGAUCUUCACAUGAGGAGUCACUCAGGAGAGAACUGUUUUAUAUGUCAGCAGUGUGGAAAGAGUUUCUCACACAAAGGAAACUUUGAGAAUCACAUGAGAGUUCACACUGGAGAGAAGCCUUUCACCUGCCCUAAUUGUGGAAAGAGCUUUACAGCUAAAGGAAACCUUAAGAUUCACAUGAGAAUUCACACUGGAGAGAAACCUUACAAGUGUCUUCAGUGUGACAUCAGUUUCACAUAUCACACAGACCUGAAACGGCAUUUGCAAACUCACUCUGGAAAGAAAUUCCAAACCUCAUGUCACACUGAGGAAAAUGGCAAUUUCAACAAUCAUCUGCGCAUUCACUCUGAAGAAAGACAGUUCAGUUGUGAUCUGUCUAAUUAAAACAUCACAUUAACACAUUCAUACGCCAUUAAUAUUUCAAUAUAUUAGUAAUCAAUAAGAUUUAAGUAGUCAGUAUGAUUUUGUCUAUAGGGUGAAUAUAUCUAUGUGAUCAAUGGGGAAAAACAGGUCUUCUUGUAUAACAGCCCUAGGGGCCUCUCAGUAGCGUGAGACUUGGACAUAUGGAUGAAUACCUGUCUGCCUGCAGGUAACAGUUUUAGAAAAAUAUAUAUGGAAAAACGUGUGAAAUCCUUGGAAAUUGGUGAUAUGUUGCAGAUACAGAAUGGCGCGAUGAGGGCGACU